AUGGCCCCCGUCGCGACCUCCACUGAGCCUGCCGCCGGCAAGGCCAAGUACUCGACCCAGAACAUCAUGGAGCUUGACCACAACUACCACCCUCUCCCCGUCUGCAUCGCCCGCGGCAAGGGUGCUACCGUUUGGGACCCCGAGGGCAAGGAGUACCUCGACUUCCUCGCUGCCUACUCGGUCACUGCCACCCCGACAUCCCAGGCAUCCACUCUGACGCUCUCCUCGCGUGCCUUCUACUCGACCGGCCUUGGUCCUUUCGCCAAGAAGGUCACCGAGAUGUUUGGCUUUGAGCAGAUGCUUCCGAUGAACACUGGUGCCGAGGCCGUCGAGACUGCGAUCAAGCUCGCGCGCAAGUGGGGCUACCAGGUCAAGAAGAUCCCGGAGGGCAAGGCCCGCGUUCUUUCUGUCGAGGGCAACUUCCACGGCCGCACGAUCGGUAUUAUCUCCAUGUCGACCGACCAGGAGGCGCGCAACGAGUUCGGUCCCUUCCUCGAGAAGGUCGGCCCCAACGUCGACGGCAAGGUCAUCCGUUACAACCACGUCGAGGAUCUCGAGGCUGCCCUGGAGGCGUACGGCUCCGAGGUUGCUGCGUUCCUGGUCGAGCCGAUCCAGGGUGAGGCGGGCAUCUUCGUCCCCGACGACGGAUACCUGAAGAAGGUCUCGGAGCUGUGCAAGAAGCACAACGUUCUCCUGAUCUGCGACGAGAUUCAGACUGGUCUCUGCCGCACGGGCAAGAUGCUCUGCUACGAGCACGACGGCAUCAAGCCCGACAUGGUCAUCCUCGGCAAGGCCCUCUCGGGCGGCAUGUACCCCGUCUCGUGUGUUCUGAGCUCGAAGGAGGUCAUGGGCUGCCUCAAGCCGGGAGAGCACGGCUCGACCUACGGCGGCAACCCGCUCGGCUGUGCCGUCGCCUCGACCGCCCUCGACGUCCUCGUCCGCGAGGACCUCGCCGCCCGCUCCGAGCGUCUCGGCAAGAUCUUCCGUGAGGGUGUCGCGGCCCUCAACUCGCCGUACGUCAAGCAGAUCCGUGGUCGUGGCCUCUUCAACGGCGUCAUCAUCGACCCCACCGUGUCCAAGAAGGGCCGCGGAGCCUGGGAGCUCUGCCUCGUCCUCGCCGACCUCGGCAUUCUCUGCAAGCCGACGCACCGCGACAUUAUCCGCUUCGCGCCCCCGCUCGUCAUCAGCGAGGAGGAGAUCCGCCGCGCGAUCGAGAUCAUCGGCAAGGGCCUCGCGACGUUCGAUGAGCUCGACGUCAUCCCCCUCGCCGACCGUGACCACUAA